AUGGUGGCAUCAGGGAUCAAGACAGAGCGAAAGCCGGAUGGCUCUGCAGCAUCGACUCAUCCGGCCUUCAAGCCCCAUCCGAUUCAAGGCUGGUCCCCGGAUUUCAUUGCCGAGGUCGCGGAGGAUGGAAUACAGGCGGUCGGCUACGAGGAGCAUGUCACCAUCCCAGGCGCGGGUGCUAUUCAAAUGGCCCACGACCUGGCGAAGAAGGAGGGCAUCUUCACAGGCAUUUCUGGCGGCGCCUCAAUUUAUGCUGCGGUUGAGAUGGCAAAGCGCGCACCGGAAGGAUCAGUGCUGCUGGCAGUCAUUGCCGAUACGGGAGAGCGGUACCUGUCCACUCCACUUUUCUCCUCAGUUUCGGUUGAUAUGGACGAGGAAGAGCAGGUGAUCUCCAAGUCCACACCUAGCUAUCAGCUGAGCUGA